AUGUGGCCGAGGAAAGGAUCUAACCAGGCCGAUGCUGAUGCCGCUGAAGCAGGGUCUCGUCGGCCUGCUGUAAGACACGUCGCCAACUUCUCUUACCCUCGCAGCGACUUCGUCCACUUAUAUCGGAAAGAAGAACCAGCUGAUCGAGACUCCCAAGCGUCGGGAUCCCAGCCGCCACCGCUGGUAGAAGAUCAUGGCUCUGAGGUUUCUGCAGACGAUGACUCCUCUCAAUAUCGUCUUUCGGCCUCGGGGACGAAUAUUUGGGCACCGUGGCAAGUGGGGGAAGAGGGAAAGAAACCCGGAGGGCCGAGGCCGAUGAACCGGGGCAGCACCCAAGAGGCUGACUCACGCCGCGUGGUGCCCCCAAGCAGAGGAAACACAACCACGAGAAGCGGCCCUCGAGAUGUGGACAGACACAAUGAUCGAGGACCUCGACGAGGGGUGGUAUCAUGCCCAGAACAGCGGCCAUACCCCCCAAAGCCUCCACCCAGAGGCCACUACUCUCUGUUCCCGCAAACGGGCGCCCCUCUUGGCCAAGCGCCAGAACUCUCACAUCCGCCAGCGGGGCCAGCCACAAGGCGGCCGGGGCUAGAAUCAAGGAGGUCCCCUCACACUGACCCACCGACGUCGAUGCCCCGGGAUGCUGCAGCAGGCCAAAGACCCUUGCGAAGUAGCGCAACUGGGUCGGCUCACGAAGGCCGUACUUCGGCAACUUCGUCGGGAUCUAUACCCCGGUCUCAACGGAGCGAACAGCCGACGCCGACCCGGUCACCAACUGCCGCAAGCUUCUUGACGGAUACCAGCCCCGGUCAUGCAUCUCCCCGACCGCCGACUCAGCCCACAUCCCACACCAACCAGCGCAGGUUUCCCCUAUCCAAAAGCGCAACUCGAUCCUCUCCGUCUCUCGCGGCUCUUGCCCAUGCUCAACGCCUGGAGCACCAGUCAACGCCUCCCCCUAGGAAACCGCCAACUCCUACAACGAGCCCCGCAGUCAACCGCGCGCUCCCUCCACUACCGUCCGAAACCCCUUCUACCCCAACCCUUCCCCACGACCGUUCUCCUUCUCCACCCAAAGUCUCCGUUUUUGAGAUGGACUCGGAUGAUGAAGACGGCAUGCCACGAAGCGGGGAGGCCACAAAGAACUUUGCCCGCCGCCUCAUGCACGGCCUAGUCCACUACAGCCACGCCGACAAAAAGGAGAAGGACUCGGGUGCCGCCGGCUCGGUACCGGAGCAUAAGCGUAGCGUGAGCGACAAGGGCCCCACCACGUCGACAAUGGCUACUGCUUCUUCGGCUGUGCCGGGGCGGGGACAUCCUCAAGAUGGAGGUGGUAUCGCCAGGACAAGGACGGCACGGCGACGACGGGCUGCGAGCGUAGACUCGCCGACGGGGAGUGAUGGGCGGGAGGUUGUAGGAGGGGGGCGGGCUGGGAAGGAGGAAAGUGGGGACGCGGAAAAGGGGGGGACGUUCUUGGGGAGGAUUUGGAAGAAGAAGGGGGGGCGGUGA